AGUUCUUCGUAUGAAGCUUUAUUUAAUUAAUAAAAUAGGUCAUGGCGCUGUCCAGUCUUCUCCCGGGAAAAUUGAACUGGAACUGCUUGCUCCCGACGAGAAACAAUAAUUUCGAAAGCGAAAGCUAAAGACAAACAAGAGAAAUCUUCCACAAAAUGAUGAAAUGAUUAAGAAUGGGAAUCCCAAAUCAACGUUCAAUCAAAUUGGUCUUCCAUUUGAAACUCUGUUGGCGCCCAUACUCAACCAGUUCCAGUCUUGCCACUUGGUUUUACAAAUACGUCGAUAUAUCAAAUGUCCAUUCAUGGAACUCUGUCAUCGCCGACUUGGCUCGCGGUGGCGAUUCAGUUGAAGCCCUUCGAGCCUUCUCCUCCUUGCGGAAGCUGGGCCUCACCCCCACUCGCUCCUCUUUUCCCUGCACCAUCAAAUCCUGUUCUGCUCUCUGCGAUCUUGUCUCCGGCAGGAUGUCUCACCAGCAAGCCUUUGUCUUUGGCUUCGACACUGAUCUCUUCGUGUCCUCCGCUCUUAUCGAUAUGUACUCCAAAUGUGGCCAGUUGCAGGAUGCACGUGCACUGUUCGACGAAAUUCCCCUUAGAAACGUCGUAUCUUGGACAUCAAUGAUUACUGGGUACGUCCAAAAUGAGCAAGCAGAUAAUGCAUUGUUGCUUUUCAAAGACUUACUGGAGGAAGAAACAGAGGUUGAAGAUGGCAAUAAUGUGCCUCUUGAUUCUGUUGUCAUGGUUUCGGUUUUAUCUGCCUGUUCUCGUGUAUCUGGGAAGGGGAUUACUGAAGGAGUUCAUGGCUUUGUGGUAAAGAAAGGCUUUGAUGGGAGUAUUGGAGUUGGAAACACAUUGAUGGAUGCGUAUGCAAAAUGUGGGCAGCCUUUGGUUUCUAAAAAGGUGUUUGAUUGGAUGGAAGAGAAAGAUGACAUUUCUUGGAACUCGAUGAUUGCAGUGUAUGCUCAAAGUGGGUUGUCUGGGGAGGCUUUGGAGGUUUUCCAUGGAAUGGUGAGGCAUGUUGGUGUUCGUUACAAUGCAGUGACACUAUCGGCUGUUUUGUUGGCUUGCGCUCAUGCUGGGGCAUUGAGGGCUGGCAAGUGUAUUCAUGAUCAGGUGAUAAAGAUGGAUUUGGAGGAUAAUGUGUGUGUUGGUACCUCCAUAAUCGACAUGUAUUGCAAAUGUGGUAGAGUUGAAAUGGCAAAAAAGACUUUUGAUCGUAUGAAGGAAAAGAAUGUUAAGUCAUGGACGGCCAUGGUUGCUGGUUAUGGCAUGCAUGGCCGUGCCAAAGAAGCUCUUGACAUCUUCUACAAGAUGGUUCGGGCUGGAGUGAAGCCAAAUUACAUCACUUUCGUAUCCGUUCUUGCUGCAUGCAGCCAUGCUGGUUUGGUGGAAGAAGGCUGGCACUGGUUUAAUGCCAUGAAGCAUAAAUAUGAUAUUGAGCCAGGUAUCGAGCAUUACGGUUGCAUGGUUGAUCUUUUUGGACGUGCAGGAUGCCUCAAUAAGGCUUACAAUUUAAUCAAGGGAAUGAAGAUGAAACCUGAUUUUGUUGUCUGGGGCUCUCUUCUUGGGGCUUGUAGAAUCCACAAGAAUGUGGACCUUGGCGAGGUUGCUGCUCAGAAAUUGUUUGAACUCGAUCCAGAUAAUUGUGGGUACUAUGUUUUACUUUCUAACCUCUAUGCAGAUGCUGGAAGGUGGGCUGAUGUUGAAAGGAUGAGGAUGCUAAUGAAGAGCCGUCAAUUGGUUAAACCACCCGGCUUCAGUCUGGUUGAACUGAAAGGCAGAGUACAUGUUUUUCUGGUUGGAGAUAAAGAGCAUCCUCAUCAUGAGAUGAUAUACAAGUAUUUGGAGAAAUUAACCUUGGAGCUUCAAAAGAUAGGCUAUGUGCCAAAUAUGACCUCAGUUCUUCAUGAUGUUGAUGAAGAGGAGAAAGAAAUCAUUUUAAGAGUUCACAGUGAGAAGCUUGCUGUUGCCUUUGGAGUGAUGAACUCUGCUCCUGGAACAACCAUAAACAUCAUUAAAAAUCUUAGGGUCUGUGGAGACUGUCAUACUGUCAUUAAGUUAAUUUCUAAACUCGUUCGUCGGGACUUUGUGGUCCGAGAUUCAAAGAGAUUUCAUCAUUUUAAGGAUGGGGUAUGUUCUUGUGGGGAUUAUUGGUGACACUUAUUAAGGACUUGAUUAAGUACUCUGAAUUGAUUUGAUUUGAUCAGAUCAUGAAGAACGAAGCAAAUGAGUGCUCUGGAAAGAGUCUAGUUACAUUUUACUGGGUUUUCCAAGGUCAAAGCUUACCAGUCGUAGGAAGGAUUGCCUCCAAAAAUUUUCUUAGUAGAAGGUUUACAUGCAGCUGAAAGCUACUCUACAUACUAUUUUAUGCUUAAUUAUAUUGAUCAAUGUACUGAAUGCACAGAAGAACAAAGAAUCUGAACUGUAACUGAGCCUGGGAUUGAAUAUCAAUCUUACUUAACAUGACAUAUGCUCGAAAGAAAUCAGAAAAGAGCCAGAUCCAUCGACUAGCUCUUCAACUUCAAUCAAAAUUUCCAUUUCAGAUUACUGGAUUGAGUGUGCCUAGAUUGAACUUGGAAUGAUCUUUUGCUGAGCCACUGAAAUUCAGGUCAAGAACAACCUCGCAUCAAUAGUUUGUUUGAAAUUGCUGCUGCCAGUCGUGAUAUUGGGGAACGGUAUGGCUUCGACUUUUCUUUGGUGAAUCUGAGAGAACUCUGGAGGGCCCUGUUCUCACUCAUUAGGCUUUGUAUCUGUUGGUGAAGUUCUUUAAUGGCUUCUCUCUUUUCAUUGUUUCUCCUAGUUAACUCCUCCUGAUGAUGCAGAUUUUCCUCCAUGAGCAUUGUCACUUGUGAGUUUAGUUCAUUCCAUCUACUCUCCCACCUAUCAAUAGCCACUGAUGGAUGUACGUCUUUGACCCGUCGUAUGUCAAGCUCAUUAAUCUUUGUUUCAGUUUUAUCUAUUUCGGCGUGACCCAUGAUUCUUCCAUUCAUUGUAUGGGCACUUACUUCAACUAUUUUUUCAGAAUUCUGACUACACAGCUUACUUGAGACAACCAAUUCAUCUCUUAGCUUGGUCAGGAACUCUUUCCUGAAAAUGUCAUAUUUGUAUUUCUGGUUGUCAUCAAUUGCAGCAGACUUCAUAUCUGGACUGUCGAAAUUGCAUUGAAAUAUCUCGGCAUCAGAAGGCGAAGACAAUGAGGAAUAGAGAGUGUUCACAAUUAUGAACUUUAAACAGUCAUAUUUUUCAGCCAAGGCUUGGGGGAACUGAAUUGGGACUAAGAAAAUAGAAUCAACAAAGAAGGCAGAGGGAAAGCUACAAAGCAGCAGGGUUUAGAAUAAUAGAAGACUGAAAAUGGAGGUAAUGAAUCUCUUCCAUUUCCUUUAAAAGAUUCCAUUUUUUGUACAAAUUAAAUGAGAAACUUAUUGCUCCCAAUCCAUUCUUGAUACGCUUCUUUUAUUGCUUUGCAAGACAAUAAAAAAUAUCCGUUAGUCUCUAAAUAAA